AUGGCGCGCGUAGUACCGAGAACGUCCGUGGCGGCUGAUAAGUUUAAGACUAUACUUCCCAAUUUGAAGCCGACGAUUUACCACGACCCAGCCGUGAACAAGACCCCAAAUAACAUUCGCACAAUUGCCUGGAAUCCACUGGGUACUUAUAUUGCAACUGGUUGUUUGGAUAAAACGUUACGCGUUUGGAAUGCGGACAAACCUAAUGUUCGUCAAACGACUGAGUUGAAAGGUCAUACGGCAUCAAUCGAAAAAGUUGCCUUCAACCCCGUCAAGGAGCUCGAGUUGUGUAGUGUGAGCAGUGACGGAGUAGUUAGGUUCUGGGAUGUCAAGACUAAACAGGUCUUGAACGAGGUUAAGGGCUUAGGAGAGACCUUCACUUUAGCAUGGCAUCCCCGCGGCGAAUGUGUCAUUGUCGGGAAUAAGGAAGAUAAGCUCUUCGUUAUUUCACCAACCCAAAGCACACCAAUUUCUUCACACCAACAGCCUGUGCAGACCAACGACAUUGUGUUCUGCUGGAGUGGCCAAAGAAUAUUUGCUACUACUGGAGAUGGGAAAACAAGAAUCCUCUCAUUCCCAGAUUUUGAGCCCGCCUACCAGUUUGACUACAAAGAAGGUCCAGAUGCCGAAUUCAAGCUGACCGGGCAUACCUCAUCCUGCAUAUCUGUUGAACUACAUCCUUAUAACCGGUACCUGGCCACAGGUGGAACGGAUUCAUUGAUUUCGCUCUGGGAAACAACGGAUUGGAACUGUGUGAGAACUGCGACGAAGAUGAUCGGCCCAGUUCGCAGUCUUAGCUUCUCUUGGGAUGGUCUCUAUAUAGUAGGCGGAAGUGAGGAGGGAUCCGGACUAGAGAUCUUCAACUCCGAAACGGGAGAUCAUCUCUGCACAUAUAAGACUACGACACCUUCUCCCGUUAUUGCGUGGUCUCCAAACCGAUAUUCACUCGCUUAUAUUGACUCGGGAAGUCUACGAGUAAUAGGGGCCAGCCCAGGGACUAAAUAA